AUGGCUAUUAGGUACUUCGCCAAACAACUUCUGGGUCGGCCGCCCGCUCGACUCUUCUCAACUGCAAAAGCUGAAAAAACAGGCCGAACUGGCUUUAUUUCUCAAGUAAUUGGAGCUGUCGUAGAUGUACAUUUUGACAACGAACUGCCACCAAUUCUAAAUGCCUUAGAAGUCCAAGGCCACGACCACAGGCUGGUCUUAGAAGUUGCCCAGCAUUUAGGAGAUCACAACGUCCGCUGCAUCGCCUUAGAUAGCACUGAUGGCUUGGUCAGAGGCCAACCAGUUUUAGACACAAAUGGCCCAAUUAUGGUUCCAGUCGGUCCAGAGACCUUAGGAAGGAUUAUUAACGUUAUCGGAGAGCCUAUUGACGAAAGAGGCCCAAUCAAUGCUAAAAAGUACAUGCCAAUCCACAGAGAAGCCCCAACUUUUACUGAACAAGGCUCAGGCGCUGAGCUUUUGGUGACAGGCAUCAAAGUCGUCGAUUUAUUAGCCCCAUACGCCAAGGGAGGCAAAGUAGGACUUUUUGGAGGUGCAGGAGUCGGAAAAACUGUCUUGAUUAUGGAGCUGAUUAACAACGUCGCCAAAGCUCAUGGUGGGUAUUCCGUCUUCGCAGGAGUCGGAGAAAGGACCCGUGAAGGCAAUGAUUUGUAUAUGGAAAUGAUUGAGUCAGGAGUCAUAAGACUAAAAGACGCAGGCAGCAAGGCAGCACUUGUAUACGGCCAAAUGAACGAGCCUCCUGGUGCCAGAGCUAGAGUAGGGCUGACUGGGCUUACAGUGGCUGAAUAUUUCAGAGAUGAAGAGCGUCAAGACGUGCUGCUGUUUAUUGACAACAUUUUUAGGUUCACACAGGCCUGCUCUGAAGUGUCUGCCCUGCUUGGGCGUAUCCCUUCAGCUGUCGGAUAUCAGCCUACUUUGGCAACUGAUUUAGGUGUGCUACAAGAGCGUAUCACAACCACCCAGCAUGGCUCAAUUACAUCAGUCCAAGCCGUCUACGUCCCUGCUGAUGAUUUAACAGAUCCAGCCCCAGCCACCACUUUUGCUCACUUGGACGCUACCACUGUGCUUUCUCGUGCUUUGACUGAAUUAGGUAUAUACCCAGCUGUUGACCCAUUAGAUUCUACCUCUAGAAUGAUGGACCCUUCAAUUGUAGGAGAAAGACAUUAUGAAGUAGCAAGAGGAGUCCAAAAAUUGCUGCAGGACUAUAAGUCACUACAAGAUAUUAUUGCUAUUUUAGGUAUGGAUGAACUGUCAGAAGAUGAUAAACUUGUGGUCGCGAGGGCUAGGAAGGUGCAGAAAUUCUUGUCGCAGCCUUUCCAUGUCGCUGAAGUGUUCUCUGGGAAGCCAGGGAAGUUUGUAAGCUUAGAAGAGACGAUUACUGGGUUUGGGGCGUUGCUAGAAGGGCAAGGAGACGAGUAUGCAGAGUCUGCAUUCUAUAUGGUUGGAAACCUCAACGAAGCUAUUGAAGCCGGCAAAAAACUUGCCACAGAGUUCGCAGCUAAGUAG